AUGUCUUUCAGCUUCUCCGACCAUUCCCACAGACGCUACAACCCAUUGACGAACAACUAUGUUCUAUGCUCUCCCCACAGAGCGAAAAGACCAUGGCAAGGUGCUGAAGAGCUGGCGGGGAAAAUCGAGAUGCCGAUGUACGACCCCAAGUGCUACUUAUGCCCUGGUAACGAACGCGCUGCGGGUGGUCACUCCAACCCAAAGUAUCAAUCCACUUAUAUUUUCGAAAAUGACUUUCCUGCUGUUCAAUUGUCUCAACCAGAAUUGGCCGAAGACCUGCUUUUUGAAGAGGGAGAGGAAGAGCUGGUGAGACUGCUCAAGAAAAAACUCAUGCGCGUCCGGAGUGUGCAAGGAAAUUGCUAUGUGAUAUGCUUCAGUCCUAAUCAUUCCUUGACACUUCCGCUCAUGACAAGGGCCGAGAUAGUCGAAGUGGUUCAGGCAUGGAAGGAUUUGUACAUUGAAACACAGAGAAAAGCCGUGCAAGAGAAAGCACCAUACUCGUAUCUCCAGAUUUUUGAGAAUAAGGGUCUGGCAAUGGGAUGCUCAAACCCUCACCCCCAUGGACAGGCUUGGUGUUUGGACGUAGUGCCAACAGAGGUUCAACAUGAAUUCGACAAUAUGGCAGCAUACACCAAAAAAAAUGGGUCCCAUUUGCUCGGAGACUACGUUGCCCUAGAGCUUGCCGAGAAAAAAAGAGUCGUCGUUGCCAACGACUCGUUCGUGGCUGUGGUGCCCUUUUGGGCCCUCUGGCCUUUUGAGACUUUAGUCAUUGCAAAAAACCAUAUUGCAUCUAUUGAGGAUUUCUCUGAGAAAAAUAAGGAGGAUUUGGCGCUGAUUUUAAAGUGUUUGACUACUAAGUACGAUAACUUAUUCAAAACAUCGUUCCCAUAUUCUAUGGGAUUGCAUCAGGCCAAGUUGGGCGCUACUGAAGAAGAGAAGAAAAACGCAUGGUUCCAUAUGCAUUUUUAUCCUCCAUUGUUACGUUCAGCAACAGUGAAAAAGUUUUGUGUUGGAUUUGAGAUGUUGGGCGAGGCACAGAGAGAUCUAACUAGUGAACAAGCUGCAGCAAGAUUGCAGGAACUAGAUGGAGAAACUCACUAUUCGAGUGCUUGA